UAAAACCAUGAACAAGUCAACGUGUCCUUCCUCACCGCGUUAUUGUCUUGUCCAUCCACUCAAACGGUGGCUAGUUCACGCUGCCACGAUUAGUACCGUUUGUGAUUAGAAAGAACAGCAAAGGUCCCGUCCUCAAUCGUGUUGCGCCUCAUAGACAUUGCUGACGAUGCACUCCUGAUACAUGAACAGCGUGACAGUGACAGCGUGGCGCAAGUGAGAUUUCGUGGUGGUGCACUUGCUUCGUUACGUGCGUGCGUGCGUGCGUGUCUGCGAUUGUGACCGUAAGUGAAAGCCGGUUUACGAGCAGAAAAAUAGAACGACAACUGUGUUGCUUUUCUUCGUUGUCAUCCCCUGCACAAGGACGUCAUCAGGUGGUCGUCCUCAUGGUAGUAAUGUGCUGCAGUUGGGCCUGAAGGAGUUCACAAACACCAACAUGCGGUCCUUAACUCAACCCAGUUAUUAUUACAACUGAUGGUGAUAGAAAUUGGUGCUUACUUUUAUCGGGAGUCAGAAGGCGUUCGAGGAAGACGUGUUUGCAUGUGGUUCGACUAGAAAAGUUGUGUCUAGCUACGUUAAAAAUCUGCGUCAAACGAUUGUUCAGACAAAGUUACGACAGACAACGCAUGCAACCGUGCAAAAUGGCACUUAGUGAGGAGAAACACCAAAGUUUAACGUACUCAAUUGACGCAAUUCUCGGUCUCAGUAGACGACAACAGCAAACACUGCAGCAAAAGCAUCAACAAAAGCUUCAACCGUACGAAAAUCAAGACGGUACUGGUGAUAUGCAACAUUCAAGCAUGCAUCUACGUGCCGCGGGUAUCGAUCAAUUGCGUAAAUCACCCCUGUCUUCACCGCGGACAUCCGUAUCGGAAGAGGACGACGACCCGCUACGACCCCCAUCGAAAAAACACCGCCGAAACAGAACUACAUUUACUACAUAUCAACUGCACGAGCUCGAACGUGCCUUCGAGAAAUCGCAUUAUCCCGAUGUGUACUCAAGGGAAGAACUUGCACUCAAGGUUAAUCUGCCAGAGGUCCGCGUUCAGGUAUGGUUUCAAAACCGCCGGGCUAAAUGGCGUCGCCAAGAAAAAAUGGAGUCGUCCUGUGGAGGAUCCGACGGUAAAUGUGGCUUCCUUCGUAUACUGCCGACCCAAAGUUACCCGACGCUCGGUUCGCCUGAAUGGGCUGCCGCGACAGCCAGGCAUCGUGCAGGACUUUCUGCACAACCACAUUUAUCAGCAGCAGGUGUCGUUUCAGGAAUUGUACCAGCUAUAAGGGCUGACACGUCUCAUCCAUUGCUUGCGCCCGUUACCCCGGCCACACCAGUCUUUCAUAGAACGUACUUGAAUCAACAUCAAUUUACAUCGCUUUUGUUGACUCCUCAGACUUCGAAUCCUUCUGCUGUUCCACUGAAUCUUAGUAAAGAACUAGCAAUAUCUCCAAACUCAAGCUCGAAGCUAGGAAAAUCGCCAAAUCCGGCCCUGGACAUUAAAAUUGAAGUCGAAGAUCCGGUCGAUGUUGAGGGCGACGGUGGGCCAUCGGUCGAGUUGAGCCUAGGCCAGCCAGAGAAGAGUUGUCAUACAAGUUCAUAGGGGAAUGACAAUUUUGCCCGAAACAUUCAUAGUUUGUGCUGACGCUAAAAGUGGCGAUCUUAUCUCGUAGCACAGAAAUUAGUAAAGUGACACCAAAAGUGCUUCGCCUGUAGAUAAACAAAAAAUCAUCCCUAAACAAAGAACACGAUCAUCGGCGCAACCUGAUUGCUGCUUUCCAAAAAAAGAAAUCAGCUUUCCGUUUAUAUAGAUGCUCGCAUGUUGUUCUAAACACGAUAUGGCGAACUGUGCCGAAAUAACUCACAACCAAUUUGUGUGAAUAUAAGUGCAAUAUCAUUGCCAUGAACAA